AUGCGCCGGCGCCUGGGACGGGGUUUUCUCCGUUCCACCGCAGCGUCCAUCCCGGGUGGAACACACGCAGAACGCGGUGCCAACGCGGAACGCCAGGAGUGUUGGAACGCCUGGGAGCGCUGCGGCUGGUGGUGGCCGUCGAUUCGAGUCGCUACGUGUCCACCGCCGGUGGGGCCGGAUGGUUUGGUGCGUGUGCAUGCUGAGGAUGCAUACUUCCUCCCAAGCUUCCUGUGCGAUGCGGAAGAUGAGUCCGUGAUGGCAGCCUUGCAGUUGGAGUUGGAGACUGAGGGCAAGGUCAUGUCGGACUGGCAUGGCGCGCGGCACCUAGGCGCCUCAGUGGGCGUCCUUGAUGUGGGAAGACAAGGGCUGGGCUUGGAGCCUGGAGAAGAGUCCUUGCGUGCGAAACUGGUGCAGAAAAUGGAGAAAGCCUUCGGUGUGAAGGCUUCGGCUGUGCGGCUGAACAUCUAUCGCUCCAACAAGGACUACAAGCCACUGCAUUAUGACCGUGGCAGUGACGCGGAGGGCGUCCCACAGCUCACGGUGGGUGCAUCUUUUGGGUGCACGCGAGAGCUCACCCUGAUGCAUGUGAAGUCUGGUGUGACUAUAUUCCUGCUGUGUGGUUCACACUGGUGGGUGCCGGUUUCUUGGCCGGUGACAUCAGCUGAAGGAAUCGCAAUGGAUGAGGAGAAACAUGGCAUUUGGUUGAAGAGUUUCGUCGCAUAUGGCAUUUUGGGAGCUCUUCAGGUCGUUUACCAGUUCUGGUCUGGCUGGCGGCAAGCCACCCGUAUGCAGAAAGUCCUAAAGGAUAUGCCCGCGACCAAGGGAGAGGGACAUGAUCGGCCCAUGGGAUGGCUCAAAGACUUGAAGGCGAACAUGCUCCGCUCCCAUGACUGGCGCCUGGAGAUCUGUCGAGGGCUUCCCAUCGCCAAAUUCUUGGGCUUCUCCUGGACGCCUGGGGCCUACAACUUGAUUGCCAAUGAUGCAGCCAUCGUGAAGCACAUCCUGAAGGAUGAGUUCAACAAGUACAGCAAAGCGGAGGAAAAGCUAGACCCGUUCGCGUUCUACUUCCGGGAAUUUCUGGGGGAGGGCAUUUUCGUGGUGAAGCAUGGUGUCGGCUCCACAGAUGGUGGUCAAGAGUGGAGCCAAAUGCGAAAGGUCUCGGCACAGAUCUUCUCGCGCAAGAACUUCAACAGCAUGAUGCAAGAUGUCUUUGUGUCCAAGGCCGUGAUGCUCAGAAAGUUUCUACAAAGAUCUUCUGGUGCCACGGACCUCCAGGCGUGCUUCUUCAACUACACCUUCGACAGCAUCAUGAGUAUUUUCUUCGGCGAAGACUCUCACACUGCGGAGGGCGUGCCAAACCAAUAUGGCAAGGCCUUUGAUACGGCCUCGGCAUGCUUUCGGCGGCACAGCAUUAAGUCCGUCACACCGUACCUGCUCUUCAGCACCUUUCUACCGUGGCCCUUCGGUGGGACACAGGGAGGACUUGCUCGCGCUCUUUGGGACUUCAGUUCGGCAGACUAUCGGCUAAUGAAGGCAUCCACCCGCAUCGUGGAUGCCGAGGCAGACAGAUUGGUGAAGAAGUGCUUAGAAGAUCCCAAGCUUGCGGAGCGGAGGGACUUGCUGGCGCUCUUCCUGCAAGGGAAUUUCAGCCCACAAUUCACCAAGCAGAUGGUCUUGCACCUCAUCAUUGCUGGAAGGGACACGACGGCCUGCCUCUUGUCCUGGACCUUCUACGAACUCACCCGAAACCCUGAGAUCCAGAAGCGGCUGCAUGAAGAGAUCAUGCAAAAACAUCCAAAAGGCAGCGUUCCGGACUGGAAGAGCCUUUCUGCCAGUGAGAUGCCAUAUCUCAACGGCGUGCUUUAUGAGGCCUUGCGGCUUUGGCCUCCAGUGCCUAGCGACCCCAAGAUGGCUUACGAAGAUGACGUGCUCCCAGGCGGAUGGGCCGUGCCGAAAUAUGCGAAGGUUCUGUUCAGUCCCUACAACAUGGGCCGCGACCCGGAGCGUUAUCCCGAGCCCUUGGACUUCCGCCCAGAGCGAUGGAUCCCCUUCACGCCACCAGCGCCGCACGAGUUCCCGGUCUUCCAAGCUGGUCCGCGCAUUUGCUUGGGUAUGGACAUGGCGUUGUUUGAGGCUAAGACCUUGGCCGUGGAGCUCUUGCGGCACCUGUGCUUUGAGAUGGUGCCAGGGCAAGACAUCACCUAUGGCAAUAAGGUGACCAUGGACAUCAGCAGUCUUCAUGCACGGCGUGCCGAGGGCCUCUUGGACGUGACGAGGGAGGCGGUGUCGGUGACGAGGCAAGUCUUGGAGGCUCAGAGAAGUCGUAAAGUUGUUGAGCGCAUCCAAAUUGGUGAUGCCAAACUCACCGAGCGCCUGCGAACCCGACGACGCCCCACGGAUGUCGCUGAUCCUCUGGGGCGCGCGCGUGGCAACGGCGGCUCCAGCGGUGGCAACGGCGACGGUUCGCGCUGCGGUGGGCGAAGUGUGAGGUUCGCGGAGAGCUCUGGGGAAGUUGAGAGGCGGCCGCGCAGAGAAAAGGCGACGCCCGGCGAUCGCCCGCUGCGUUGUCGGCAAGGGAUGGGAAGCUCGUCGAGCGCCUUCUUCGCGCAGAAUACCUCCUUUAGGCAGCGGGGCAUCAUGUCCGAAGUGGUGAAACCCCAUAGGCGUCAGGAGGUGGACUCCUGCAAGUUGGGCCCCGAGGAGCUCGGCACCUGCUGCAGCACUCUACGGAAGUCAGCCAGUGCCACCAGCUUUAGCCUCUCAGAUCGUUUGCGCGCCAAAGCGCAAGAGGCCGAGCCACACACGCCGCGGAAGGUCUUCCAACCGGUGGAACCCAAGGUCAUCGAAGUCUAUGCCCACAAGCCAGGGGAUCGGCCUCGGAAGGUGACCGUGGAGCGACGGCGGAAGUGGUUUGAAGCGUUGGAUGUGGAGAAUCUGCUGGAGGAGCGGAACUGCAACUUCUCACCCAACUGGGAUCGUGAUUUCUGGCUGCAGCUGGAUGACUUCAACAACAUCGAGUAUGACAUCCGAACUCCCGAGCAGUGGCUGGAGUUGGGACAGCAACCUGACGGUAGCUUCUUGCCACUGCAGGCCAAGGCGAUGCGCUUCCAUGAGACAAAGGGCUCUGUUUGGGAGGACUGCACAGUGGAGGGCUUGAAGGACCUGCAAGAUGGCAAAGGGAACAAGGACUUUUUGGUCCGGUGGAACUCCAACCCUCGCGGGGACUUGGAGCCCGUGGGCCGGCUGAGAAUUGUCCUUCAGGGCGAAGAUCCAGAGGUGUUCGCCGACCGGAUCGCCUAUGCGUUUGAUGCGCUACAAAAGGCUCAGGCGAGGAUUCGCUUGAACUUCUUCAUAGAUAACAUGCCCGUGGAUGACAUCCAGACGCUUGACGAGGACCAGGUUGCACGGGUGCUGACCUCAGCCUGGGCUUACCGCUGCCCCAUGCGGGAGAGGAUCAGUUGA